CCGACGAUCUCCGGACGGAGCCAUACACCGGCGACUCCAACCAUCCCUGUAAACCCCUACAACUUUCUCUCGAAGAUCCAAACAACAUAAGAGUCCUGAAAAGGUGAACCCUUUCUUCCUUUUCUGAGUCCAAAGUCUGAAGAUUUCAGAAAAAAACAAAAAGACAUGUCCCGUCGUUCAGACAAGACUGAUGAAUCACCAAAACGAAUGAUGAAUCUGAUGAGUUUCAACACUCUGCUCGUAUCCUCCAUGCUCCUCCGCGUCUUCUUGAUCAUCUACGGAGAGUGGCAAGACGCUAACAUGGAAGUCCGUUACACCGACAUCGACUACAUUGUCUUCUCCGACGCUGCCUCCUUGAUGGCAUCUGGUGAAUCUCCUUACAAGAGAACCACUUACCGUUACUCACCUCUCCUCGCGCUUCUUCUCGUCCCCAACACAAUCAUCCAUCGUUCUUGGGGAAAGUUUAUCUUCUCUGCUUCUGAUUUGCUGGUGGGUUUGUUUAUCCGUAAGAUUUUGAAACAGCGUAAGGUGUCUGAGAAGGUUUGUACUGUUUCUGUAAUGGUAUGGCUUCUUAAUCCGUUUACGUUUACGAUUGGAACCAGAGGGAACUGUGAACCUAUUGUUUGUGCUAUGAUACUGUGGAUCAUCAUCUCCUUAAUGAAAGGUAAUUUGUCACAAGCUGCAUUUUGGUAUGGGCUUGUUGUGCAUUUCAGGGUGUAUCCUAUCAUCUAUGCCUUACCAAUCAUUCUAGUUCUCGACUCCAAGAUUUUUAGAUCUGAUCACAAACCUCCUCCUCUUGAGGAUUGGAACACUGGUCAGGUCAACACUGAGAAGAAAACAUUCAACUUAAAAAGUUUGUUUUCAAGGGAGAGAAUCAUGUUUGGUUUGAUAUCCGGUGGAGUUUUUCUAGCUUGCAAUGCUGUUUCCUUCUAUUUUUAUGGACAUGAGUUCCUCCACGAGGCUCUCUUGUAUCACCUCACACGCACGGAUCCAAGACACAACUUCUCAAUCUACUUUUACCACAUUUAUCUUCACUACGAGCGUCAGUUUUCACCUCUGGAGAAGCUUAUCUCGUUCUUACCUCAGUUCACAGUACAGCUUGCUUUAGUCUUCUGCUUCUAUCAAGAUCUUGUGUUCUGUAUGUUUCUCCAAACCGUUGCGUUCGUGGCUUUCAAUAAGGUGAUCACUGCGCAGUACUUUGUGUGGUUCUAUUGCCUGUUGCCUCUGAUUCUACCGUGGAGCCGUAUGAAGCUGAAAUGGGAAGGCUUGUUGUGCGUUAUUCUGUGGAUUGGAGCUCAGACGUAUUGGCUUUUAUGGGGAUAUAUGCUUGAGUUUAAGGGUGUUAACGUCUUUCUACAGCUGUGGAUGGCGAGUUUGGUGUUUCUGGCUGCAAACACAUUUGUUCUUGUCAAGAUCAUACAGCGACAUAGAUUUUCUCCUCUCUUCAGACAGUAUGUGUCCUCUGAUAGAAAGAAUGUUAAGAAACUUGACUGAUAGUACUGUUCCAAAAGCUGUUUGCUUUGUUUGUUUGUUGGGUUAUUUUAUAUAUUGAGGACCUUGGAACUACGGUGUAUAUGAUUCUUGAUCUGCAAGUUUUGC